AAACACAACAUUCGCCUAGUUGUUGACAGUUGUCGUCAAAACUCAACACUUUGCCGUUUUGUUAUAUUUAAUUAAUAGUGUAAUAUUAAUACCCAGGUACGAAAAUAGUUUUCUUACAGAAAACGAUUUACAAAAUAUAUCGCUUCAACAAACUGCAUUCAUUAUGUCGGAUGAUGAUGAUUACAUGUCGGACAAGUUUAUUUCUGGAGAUGUUCGUCCAAGCCUAAUACAACAGUCGAAUAAAAAACGGCAAAUAGCCAUGGAACAAAGCAGAAAGGAUCAUAUUAAACGUCAAAAGCAGGAGAGUAUGGAACGUAGAGGAAUAGUUAACAACAAAAUAUUGGAAGAGUCGUUGAAUAAACCCAUUGAGGAACAAAACAAAGGUUUCCAAAUGCUUGCUAAAAUGGGCUAUAAGCGUGGGCAAGCAUUGGGUAAGGAAACCGCAGGUAGUAAAACCGAAGCUCGACUAACCGAGCCGAUUGGUAUUAGCAUAAAGUCCGAUCGUGGUGGUUUGGGUCGCGAAACAGCGUUACGGGAUUUAGCCGAGCGGCGAAGGCAGAUACAAGAGCAACAGCUCCAGAAUCAACUUACUGGAGGUGAAGCAGUUUCGGUGGAGGAAUUUCGGAGAAGGGCGCAACAGAGAGCAGACGAGCGGUUUGCAAUUGGCGCUUUAAAACGCUGUCAGCUUACCUGUGAAACGCUAGAUAUAGAGAAUAACAUAAAAGAACCCGAGUUAUCGUGGUUUUGGCCGGGCGGCAACACAGAAUUGAAUGAAGAAGUAGCAGGAGAAAAGGAACCAAAAGACUCUGUGCUAACAGACGACGCCAGUACGGAAGAAGAAUUCACACAUGUAGAGAGACUUGAAAUGCUUACUAGUUAUUUGCGAACAUCAUACAAGUUUUGUUUUUGGUGUGGAGUGUGCUAUAAAGAUCAACAAGAUAUGACUAGCAAUUGUCCGGGAAAAUUGCGCGAAGAUCAUUAAAUAUUAAAAUUUCAGAUUAAUAGUCAUUUUGCAGAUUUAACUUAAAUAUUAAUAUACUUUAAUUGCAAUAAAAAUAGAAAUUUACGUUAACCUAAA